AUGGCUUUCACCGCAACGACCCACAGGGCUCGCCCAUCCCUGGCACUGAUGGCACUGGCAGGGCUUUAUGCCUUCUGCUGCAGGACCAGGAGCUGGGCUUUCGUCUCUGGCACCCCGGCGCUGCGCAGCCCAGGGCGCUCGGUGGCAGUGUCCAGAGGGUCCAAGGUGGACGACAUCGUGGAGGAGCUGAAGGGCUUGACGCUGCUGGAGGCCUCAGAACUUGUCAAGGCCAUUGAAGAGACGUUUGGCGUCGACGCCUCCGCGUCUGGAGGUGCCGUGGUGAUGGCAGCUGCAGCCGGCGGUGGUGGGGGCGCAGAGGCGGAGGCUGCUCCGGAGAAGACGGAGUUUGACCUCGUCCUGAAGGAAGUGCCCAAGGACAAGAAGAUUGCAGUCAUCAAAGCAGUGCGGGCCAUCACGGGCCUCGGUCUCAAGGACGCGAAGGGCCUGGCAGACAACCCAGGCAAGAUCGUCGAAGGCAAGCCCAAGGAUGUCUGCGAGGAUGCCCUGAAGCAGCUCGAGGAGGCGGGUGCUGUGGCAGCCAUCGAGUAA